UGAUAUUCACCAACAUUGAUUCACGAUGACUAGACUCUGUAGCGGUUAAAGCACUCGAUCACAACAGAUGUUUGCCUAGUUGACAAAAUUUAUGAAGAGACAUGACGUCAUCUUUCCGAGAAAGAGUAAAAAUACACGGCAAAGAGAUUUGAACUUUCGGUUUCCGGGAAUUAAGCAAAAGAAAGAUUUCACCAAGCUGAUGCCGCAUUCUUUUCACUGAUUUUGAGGUAUUAGUCUAAAUAUACACAUUUUUGAAGAAAUCGAAACACGACUCACAAUCAGGAUCUAGUAUGGAACAAAGUUUUGAUGACAUGCGGGAGGAUGGCGAUCUGUUUCUUUCUCAAAGCACGACAUACAUUGGAAUAGUUGCAAUCGACUUUGGCACAACCUUCAGUGGUUUUGCAUUCGCCUUCAACUACAAAGAAGGCGAGAAAGGUAUCCAUAUGAACAAAGAAUGGGGAGCGGAUCAAGGGUGUCCUACACUCAAGACACCAACCUGCCUUUUGCUUAAUCCAGACAAGAGUUUCAAUUCGUUUGGCUAUGAAGCACAAGACAGGUUUGCUGAGUUAGAAGAAGAGGAAGCAAGGGAGUACUAUUAUUUUGAGAGGUUCAAGAUGACUCUUCAUCACAACGAGCAAUUAAACUUCAACAGCACUCUGGAGGCCAGCAAUGGGAGAAACAUGAAGGCUCUGGAAAUCUUUUCGCAUUCAAUACAUUACCUCCACACAAGGGCUCUUGAAGUUAUUAGAGAGAGGACUGGUGAUGAACAUUUUACAUCCCGUGACAUUCAGUGGGUCUUGACAGUCCCGGCAAUCUGGAAGCCAGCUGCGAAACAGUUUAUGAGAGAAGCAGCUUAUCAGGCAGGUGUAGGCUCUCAUUCUAACCCAGAGCAGGUAGUAAUUGCCUUGGAGCCGGAGGCUGCUUCCGUUUACUGCAGAGAACGAAAGAUGAGGGACUUUGUUUCAGAGAGUGGGAGCAACGAAGCGUCAGUGUCUGAUACUAUCGCCCACACUGAUGUGAAGUACGUGGUUGUAGACAUUGGAGGAGGAACCAUGGAUGUCACAGUACAUCAAAUUCAAAUGAACGGGACGAUCAGAGAGCUUCACAAAGCAACCGGAGGUCCUCACGGUGGAGACAAAGUUAAUGAACAAUUCAGGGCCCUUUUGGAGUCGAUUUUUAGUGAAAAAUUUAUUAAGAAAUAUUCCCAAAAUAAUCCCGUUGAUUGGCUUUGUCUCAUGAAUGAUUUCGAAGUAAAGAAACGUGGAAAACGAGCCUGUGAAGGAGGCACAACGAGAAUUCGGUUGCCAGCAAGUUUUGUGAGUAAAUUUUCCAGUGAUAAAGGCUGGGAUAUUAAUUCAGUUAUCGAACAACGUUACAGCUCGUCGGAAAUCAAAGUUCAGCGGAACGAAUUUCUCUGCCUUGACCCACAAAUUAUGAGACAACUAUUCGAGCCCGUCCUCAAUGGAAUUAUCACUCACCUCUCCAACCUGUUCGCAAGAGAGGAAUUGUCUGAAGUUAAAUUUGUCUUCCUUGUUGGUGGAUUUGCUGAUUCGCCGCUGCUCCAGGAGAGGGUCAAGAAGCAUUUCUACAAAAGCUAUCAAAUUAUGGUACCGCAGAACGCAUCUCUUGCUGUUGUCCAAGGUGCGGUGAUGUUUGGGCAAAAACCACACAUAUUUGAAUCCAGAAUAAUGACUUCGACUUACGGCAUCCGUAUACACAGAUUGUUCCUUGACGGGCUGCACCCUGAAUCAAAGAAGGAGAUCGUUAACGGAAUCCCACGCUGUAAAGAUGUCUUCUUCAAGUUUGUCAAAGUCAACGAAGUCGUCAAAGUUGGAGAAAGACGUAGAUUCGCAGGCUUUGCUCCUUUGACAGGGACGGAAAAGCAAAUCAAAAUUGAUUUCUAUCAAUCGGAUCGAGCCGAUGCGGAGUUUGUUACAGAUUCCGGCGUGGAAAAGACACCUGGCAGAGGAUUGGUGCUCGAGACGCCCGAAGCUUGGAAAACUAAAGACAUCGAGAUCAAUUUGUAUUUUGGUGGAACGGAAAUGAAGGUCACAGUGGUAAACCUCACGAGUAAUAGACAAUCAACAGUCUGCCUAGACUUUUUGGCAAUCAAUCAGUAAUUGAUGGAUAUCUUUGAGCAUUUCAAAGUAUUCCGAGAGUUAAAACUUACAAGGUUUUUUUUCUUUACUUCAUGUUUAUUCAGUUUAGUUUUGGCUGAGAAUUUCGAAGUUGACCUCUGUAAAGAGAUGUCUAAAUCAAGUUGCCCAAAUUGACAAUUUACAUUCUUCUUGCAAGUCUUGCAAGUUUGAAAUUUAUUGCAUUUGGCACCCCCAUAAUUGGUGAGCGGAUUUCUCUUCAUCAGAUGCAACCCAUAUUCGCCGAACUUACUUGACAAACUAUGUCAAAACUUCUCCUAACUGCACUAAAUUUAAAAGAAGUGUUUCAACAAUUUAUAUUCAAAAAUGUUUUACAGACUCGGCCGGUGGUCUCCCUUUCAAUUACUUAUUCCCUUUUGUAGCUAAUUUUUAAAGACUGACGCUGUCAUCCUCUUUUCGAAGCAAAAUGGAGUUCGAAGAGCGGCUACUAUUCAAACGACAGCUUAAAGUAAAUAUACCCUGAAGAACUCCAUGUUGAUAAUUUGGAGUUUGGUCGGCCGUCAACUUAGUGACAGAACCUCUAAAAACUGAUUGCUAAAUCACUUGGAUCCAAUACUAGUUUACAUUAUUUCGUGCGGGAGAGAAUCCUGCUGUAACAAUGAUAUUGUAAAAGAUAUAGAAAAUGAAUGAAAAUCAUUGUUAACUCUUUCAAACAUGGCUGAGGACUGCUAAUAGAGAGGCAACGUUACAUAACGUACUUCAGACUCAUAUUUAUAUCCAUUGUAUGUUGUAGAAACGCUUCAAAUACAAUCUGAAGUUUGUAAACUCAGAGUAGGAUAAGCUGAAGAUAAUUUCAUAAAGGUGCUAUAUGGCCUUUUGAAAAAGGAGAAAACGGUGGGGAUCUUAAAAUCAGAAGUCUUAAAGCCAGGGGUUCUUACAAUCAGGGGUCUUACAUUCAGGGGUUCAUAUCAGUGUGUUUUAUAUGGAUUGAUGUGCCCAGAUGUUGAUAUUGAUCGUUGCUCCUUACGUUCAGAGGUUUAUAUCAGUUUGUCUUACACGAAGGGGCUGUGCCCAGAUGUUGAUAUUAUUCGCCGUUUCUUACAAACAUGGGUUUUAAUCAAUGUGACUUACAUGACGGGCUGUAGCCAGAUGUUGCUACAAAUCUUAGUAUCUUACGGUUAGGGGUCUGUGUUGAUCGUAACUCUUUACAUACAGUGCGUAUUCUGUGCCCAGAUGUUGAUAUUGAACUUAAAAUGUCACAUCCCUGUUAAACCUGUGCCCAGUUGUUUAUUGCGAUGGUAAAAUGUUACAUCUGGGGGUCUGCGCGCAGAUGUUGAUAUCGAUCGUCGAUCGUGAAGGUCAGAACCGUACCUGACACCCAGGGGUUUUAUAUUUGUACCUCUAUAUUGUCGCUUUGUAACGAUGAUGAUUUACAUACGGGGGUUUUUCAUAAAAUGUCAUGGUAGUUUUAUAUAAGGGUCUGUUCCCAGCUAUUGAUAAUGAUCCCGGUUAUCUAAGCUUUGCCACCAAAGAGAAGGUGACAAAUAGGACUACUAGGUUCACUAGAAAAUAACAGACCAUUAUUUAUUCAGCAUCAGUUGACUAAGCUGGAGGUUUUUCUGUGAGCAUCUUGAAGGAAGAAGUGAAUGAAGAGUGAUAAAGUCGACUGUGUGUUAUGGCGUUAAGACUUUCGUGACCUUUGAUCACGCGCUCAACUACAAACCUUUUCCACUAAUUAUGAAACGCGCAUCGCUUACACUCUGUAGAUCUCUUUAAUUACGAGAAACAGUUCUGACCAU